AUGGACCGAAAAAAGAUUGUCCACCGUUUGGACACUCCCUUUUCCGCUGUUGAAUGGCCCCAAAUCAGCCAGGAGAACCAAGAUGCUAUCCUUGAACUCCUUUGUCACCUACUGUCUCCUCUAGGCCAAUACCGAAGAACCUUCGUAACCCCAUCCAAGGGGAAGCGGAAGCGGAAGCUGGCUGAACAACAAGGAGAUGCCAAAACUCCCCAAGUGCCUCCUGCUCCAGAACUAGCCGCCUAUGUUGAUGUCGGCUUGUCAACCAUUUCUCGAAAUCUGCAAGAUCUUCCAGCUGUCGCUGUCAGUGAGAAAACAGAUGAAGCCAAAGGUGACGAGCACGAUGACAAAGUGUCUAGUGGUGGCAAGAAGGCUCCUUACAGCAUCGUUUUUGUGGCCCGCUCAGGCCAGUCCUCAGCGUUCAACUGCCAUUUCCCUCAAAUGGUCGCCGUGGCCUCCAAGUUUCAGCCAAAGGAAGAAAAGAUGAGACUGGUUGGACUUUCCAAGUCCUGCGAGGAAAGGCUAGCAACGGCUUUGGGUAUUCCGAGAGUUUCCAGCAUUGCUGUGAGAGCGGACGCGCCGCAGGCAAAGGGCCUUGUGGACUUUGUAAGGGAACAUGUGACUCCCAUUGAGGUAGCAUGGCUUCAGGAGGCCGGUUCGGGAAAGUUCCGAGAGACGAAUAUCGAGGCGGUGCCGACCAAGAUCGGAAGCAAGAAGACGAAGAGCUCUUAG